GUCGCCGCCAUGUCCUCCUCGUGCGUCCCCCCCAAGAACUGUGUCGUCCACGACCCCGACCCCGGCAGCCACGACAACGAUGACUCCCGCAGCGAGUGCGGGUCCCUCUGCACGUGCACUUCGAGCAGUAUGACCUCCAUCGCCACCUCUGUCAGCAGAGAUCCGCGAGGGUCCUCGGUGUCCCUCGCCAGCCCGGCCGUGUCCUCGGCGCCCAACGGCACCCCGGCGUCCCCGCAGGCUCAGGAGACCAGCGAUAACCCCUUUAUCGUAGUGUUCGUCCCAUCGCAGAUGCUCUCGGGGCGCCGCGGAUGCGGCACCUGCGGGACCUGCUACGGGGAGGCAGCAAUGAAAACGGCGCUGCGGGUGAUCCUCCGGACGGCGUGUGAGUUCUGCCCGUGGGUGGCAGGCUUCGUGAUCAUCUACUACACCUUCUACUGGUGGGGCCUCGGCUCCGGCUUCUCCGCCUUCCUCAUCAUGAUGGGGACGCACGCGCUCAUCCGCUUCAUCAGGGCUCGAAGCAGCUCCAAGUGCUUGUUCAAGUGCUCCCGCCGGGACAACGCCGACGUCCCCAACGUGAGAUAUUUACUGGGUCAUUCAUUUCUUUUAGGCAGCGUUUAUCCUGUUAAAAGAUGCUCUGAAGAGAGACCCCCAGACAUCGCUUUGGAGGAACCACCGUCUUACGAAGCAGCGGUGGUGAAACCGCCGCCUUACGACCUGUACCACCACCUCACGCCGACUCAGCCCCGCAGCGCACUGCAAGCGCCGCCAAUCACGGAGAAAAAGCUGCAAAAGUCACAGUUCCUGGGAUUGCCCAAUUUGCAGCAGCCUCCCAGUGUCACCGAUGACGAAGACGACGAUGUCUUUCUGCCAUCUUACCAGGAAGCCGUCAGACUCUCCUUCAAAAGUGAAAAAAAGUCUGAGGGUUAGGAUUCACCCUUGGAAAGAAGCCCCACGAAACUGGUAGUCCAUCAUCAAGCGUGGAGUCGACUCACCGGCUCGGCGCUCGUGGGAGAGGCAGAGAAGGGAACGCCUGUCGGGUUCCUUCGCGGUUCUGCUCGAGGUCUUGAACUUCUACGAGCCGUCGAAGGGCGUCGUGACGACAGGUCUUAAUAGGCUGUCUCAGCGAGCCUUAAUAGCAAGGGGGAGUCCGUUUCCCUUUAAACAAUUAAUAAUUAUAGCACUGAACGCUUAAGAAAGAAAUCAGGGACACAGGUGGAAGUUUGGCUAAUAUAGUAGUGGAGUAACUGUAACAUUAAUACCAUUAGCCCAGCGAUCUUAACCACCCUAUUUCGUCUUACACUCUUGGAGACCAACUUGAGCUCGGGUGUCUGCGCAGGUAUAAGUCACAAAUGCACCUGCGCAAGAUAAACCCGUUCCAGGAGCAUUUAUCCGGGUACUAAAGGCACUCCGAAAUAACUCAUCCAACAUACCUGAGCGGACUAAAUACCUUUGUUAUAGUUAAACACGGCAAAGAGUAUGGUAGUAUGUUCUAGGGCGUUGGCCGAAGGGGAAUACACAAUUAGUCAAUACAAUUACGGUGAAAUCACAUGGGUGUCGUUAAUCCAGUAGACUAUUAGAUAUUUAUUUAUAACUAUUUCUCAUUUUUUCUCGUUCUUGCUCACAGUUUCUAAUCUUCACAUGCGUGUCUUCAUUCGCAUGCCAUUCUUCGUUGUUCAUGUCGCGACUCAUAGAGGGCAUUGUCCAAUAUCAUUUUUUUUUUUUUUAUCAAGUCACUAUCAAUUAUGUCUUGGUGUGUUUUCCAGACUUUUUUUUACGUCAUGAAAUAUAUUUAUUGGACCUAAAUACAAACACAUUAAAGGCCAGUAUAUAAGAACUUUUUCUGCCGUUUGUGGCAAAGAAAUAUGUUCUUCCAUUUGUACUGAAGCAUUGAAUAAAUCUUGUUUAGGUA